UUUUUUGCUCAUGGAUUUGGAUCAAACGCCUUGGCGUGUUGUAGCUCAUUUGGUGGACGAGAUACGAUUGAACGUAAAUCGUCGCCUAGACCAUCUUGAACAAUGGCAGAUUGUUAUGUACACAUUGGCUUUGCUUCUUUUUGUACAAUGGGUGAGGAAAGUACUGAAGUUUGAGGAGGUUGUCUCAUUUCGUAGGGCGUGGCAUGAAAUGUUGAACAGUUUGCCUAUGUAUAGAAAGAAAUUGGAUGAGGGACAAGAGCUUACCUACAAGGAAUUUGAAGAUAGAAUACAUCGAGCUGAUAGACUUAAAGAAUUUUACAAAUAUUUGCCGGACCGAGGGUUGCCAGCUGAUGACAUUAUUCGUGAGGCGACAUCCUACAAAACGAUGGGCGGAAUUUUGUUUGAACGUGGACAUUUGUGUGGUUCAAUGUUUGGAAUUGAAGAUGAGGAUGGGAAUUAUCAACGACUAUUAAAACAAAUUUUUGAGCUUUAUUCAUUUACAAAUGUUGCAUUUCCCGAAGUAUUUCCUUCUGCUCGAAAAAUGGAAGCGGAAUGUAUAAGAAUUCUUUGCAGCCUUUUUCAUGGAUUGGAUAAGAGUUGCGGUGUUUUAACAACGAGCGGUUCUGAAUCAAUCAUUCUUGCCUGCCUAGCUUACCGCAACAGUGCAUACAAAAAAGGAAUUCGAAAGCCAGAAAUGAUUGUUUGUCCAAAUGCACAUAUUGCAUUCUUUAAGGCGGCUAAAUUAUUGGGAAUGCGAGCAGUUCGUGUUAGAACUGGAAGUAAAUAUGAAGCAAAUGUUGGGUCAAUUAAACGAGCAAUUGGCCACGAGACAUGCAUGAUUGUUGCAAGUGCUCCUUCUUAUGUUAACGGUGUUAUGGAUAAUUUGGGAGUCCGCUUUGGAGUGCCUGUCCAUGUGGACGCAACAAUUGGAGGUUUCAUAAUUCCUUUCCUGGAACAAUGUGAUUAUCCAGCUCCAAUGUUUGAUUUUCGAAUUUCUGGUGUUUCCUCAAUAAAUUUUGAUCUACAUAAGUAUGGCUAUUGUCCUGUUGGAUCAAGCGCUGUUCUAUACCGAGAUCAAGAAUUACUCCAAUGUCAAAGCUAUUCUAAUGUUGAUUGGCCAGGUGGUAUUUACACUUCUGCUACAUUGGAUGGUUCUCGUCCUGGACUUCUAAUUGCAUUGACUUGGGCUUCAUUACUUUACUUGGGCCGACUUGGUUAUGUUGAAAGAACUCAACGAGUUAUGGACACAUCAAGAAUGUUAAAGCACAGAAUUGAGGAAGAAAUAUCUGAUCAUUUGGAGGUUUUAGGAGAACCUCUAGGUCCGAAUCCUAAUGCUCUCCGUUUUUGCAUUUCUCUUCAUCAAACGCGUGGAGAGGUUAUUGACUCAUUAAUUAGUGACAUGAAGAAAUGUAUUGAAAGAAUUAUACAAGAUGACUGCUAUGAAUAUCCAACAAAAACUAAUGUUCUUUUUGGAAUUUCUGGCGCCUUUAUGGACAGAGGGGUUGCUAAUCUUCUUUCCAACGCUUUGUUGGAAGCAUAUUAUUCGACUCCAACUUCACCUCAUGGAGAAAUGGGAUUGCGUAAGCGCACGUUAAGUAUUGAAGGACGUAAACUUUCACAAUUACAAUUGCCAAGUGCUUUGGCUGCUCUUCGUGAACAAUAUUCAUUUGGAGAAUUGACAAGCUUCACAGUCCCUACAACUAUUAGUACUGGAGAGACAUCGACAUUAUCUGCAGCAACACAAGAAGAUGAAAUGACAAAAGCAACGGAUAUAAUUCCACAACUUCCAUCGUCUUCUUUUGAAACUUUAACAGAAAGAACUGCUAGUAUUCCGUUGGUUACAAAAGAAGAAACAGAAGGUGAGCAGUUAACAGUUACGAAUAAUAUAAAUGAAGAACAGAAUCAUCGAAUUACAGUUAUUCCAGAAGAGGAGAAAAGUAAUGAUAUGAUGAAUAAUGUUAAGCAAGACGAUUAA